AUGAACUUCGAAGCCCUCUUUCCACCGCUGAUACAAACUCCGACCGAAGGCGCUCAGGAUAAUUUUGACUCAGUCGACAUCAGUGUCAACGAUAUCCUGCUACCUCCAUUAGAAAAGUCCGUGGACGAUGGAAUUUAUCAAGCGUUGAGACGUUGGAACGAAGGUGACCCAGCGGUGACGGACAAGGCGCUGCUUUCCUCAGAACGAAUCAAAAAAUACCGUCGGAUCGCUGCGCUUGCGCUGCAAAGUGAUAGUGCACUAAAUUUUGAAAAGGACGAGCACGCAAAUGAAGAGAAAGAGUCCGAGAACGAUCUAAUCGAAGAGGUAGAUCGAGCAACAGCAGUGGCCAAGCAGAAGGCAGCCACAGCAGCUUUGAGACAAAAGAAGAAACAACAGAAAAAACGAAAGAAAGAAAUAGAAGAAGAGCGAGUGCGGCUUGAAUCUGUUCUGGUUGAAUUAAAAGAUAUUGACAGUUUAAGGGCUGAAAGGGUACCAAGUGAACGUAUUCAGUCAUUUGUGAACACAUUUAAGAUCAAGAAGCGACGAUUGGCGCAAAAAAGAUCAAUGGCCGACACGAUCACAGCCAUGAGCUUUGAUUCUGCACGUCCAGUGCCAAAUAUCGAACAACAGGAGAGAAUGGAAGGGGGAGAGACGAAGGAGAAGAAGAUUUUUGAUGAUUUAAUGGACAAAGACCCGAUCUUAUGGUUUGACGUAUUGCAUCCAAGCAAAGAUCCUGCCAGAACGCAAUCCUUUCUUGUGCGGUUAUCACAGAAGAUUUCGGAUCUUGUAGAUCUCGUUGUCUGUGCGAAUGAUGAGAGAUUAAUCGAGCACGCAAAAGUUUCAAAAUUCGUGUAUUUUAGUAAGAAAAUGUUCAUAGAUCGGCGUGUUUCAGAUAGUUUGGAUUACUCGGAGCAGAUUAUCCGAUGGAUUCAAGCGAAGCCGGAACGUCAAUCAAAGUAUGGUACUUUUGAUAAAAAGGCGCCACAGAAUCUUCACACAUCAACUUUUGCUGAUUUAGAGCUUUAUAUUGAUGUACCGGGAGUAUACAUUCAUCAAGGCGAGUGUGAGCACUUACUGCGACUGCGAGAUGCACGAUUGCCGCAUGAACUGGACGCACCAAUGAGUAGUAACCUUUACCCUCUUCGUUUGCCGAAUCCACUAAGCCAUACGCUACGCAACUGCUUAAUUUGCCAGAACUACAGCGCCAAAUUUGUCUGUUAUGGAGAUCGUCUAGCCACAGUAGACCCAAUGUUUUACUGCAAUCGCUGCUACCAGGCUGCCCAUUACGAUGCCAAUGGUAAGUUGCUAUACGACGACUUCUUGAGCUUUCCAUUUGUCCAAGACUAG